AUGCCAAGAACUAGGCCAAUAGUAACUAUAGCGAAAAAUGGUGUUGGGGCAUUCAUACUUCCAUGUCGUAUGAUUGUAUUUAAUUAUUGUGAACGUGGUGGAAGUAGUCGAGGAAUAGUUGAAUAUUUAAAGAAUCGAGUGAUAGAUUUUGCAAAAGAAAAUCCACAAAUCGAAAUAAAAAUAUCACCAAGACCAUCUAAACAUCCUGUUGUUCGUGGAGUUUAUUUGAAUAAUAAAGAAAAAGAUAUUUGCGUAAAAAAUAUGAAAAUAAAUGAGAUAGAGGAAAAAGUUCAAUUAUUAAAAGAUAGUUCAGGUGUUACAGCAAAAAGACGAUUUAAGAAACCGGUGAUUUCAACUACACCAAGUGUAAGGGGUAUUUGGAAUCCAUUCAAAACAAGAUUAUAUGUAAUUUAA